AAUUCUCUGUUUUCUUCUUGUAUACAGUCAUGUUUAACAAAAAAGAAAAAAAAAAGAAAGGAGGGUGAGGUUGCUUUAACCAAAUUUAAUGGGUGUUUGGUUUGUAGGGACUAAUUUUUAGUCCCUACAUUUUAUUCCAUUUUAGUUCUAAAAUUAUCAAAUAUAGAAACUAAAAUUUUAUUUUAAUUUCUAUAUUUAGCAAUUUAUAGACUAAAAAGGAAUAAAAUGAAGGGACUAAACAUUAGUCCCUAGAAACCAAACACCCCUUACAGUACAUAAAAGUCCACAUGCAUGCUGCAUGCACACGGUUGAUAUUUGAGGGCACAGAGCGCAAUCACUCCCUACUUGUACACACCAGUCCUCUCUGAUUGCGUUGUGUGCUCAAAUUGGUCACCCAAGGCCAAAAACUGUGCAGAUGGGGUCUGCACACCUAAAAUGCUUUUGCAUUGCUUCAUGUGUGUGUGAGAGAGAGAAAGAGAGAGGAGUGGGGAGAAAAAUCUUGUAGCUAGCUAGAAAUCUAGAGAGAAUAAAAAGGGGGAAGUUGUGGGGGCUGGGCUGUGUGAGGAUAAUAUUGGAAGUGGGAGGUGGGUAUCCUUCCUCCACUGUCCUUUUUCAUCUCUCUCUCUCUCUUUUCUCUCUCUAAAAGACUUUGCUAAUUGGCCUGCUAGCCGGUCUCCCUCCCCCGGCCUCUUUCCCUUUCAGCUGGAGGAGAUAGAUGAGAGAGAGGAUCAGAGGAAGCAGGAAGGAGAGAGGGAUAUAUAGGCCGGUGUCUUCUGUAGAGAGAGAGAUUGAGAGCAAAAGGGAAAUAAAGGAGCUCUCGCAGGCACUCGGUACUGACAUGAGUGAUCUCAUGCUCUUGAUACCUUGGUACUCUUACAUCACCCCUUCUUCACCUUCUUCUUGUUCUUGCUCAUCCCUCCUCUCCGGCCCUCUCUUCCUCCUGCCUCUCUCUAGCUAGGACGAUCUUCAACAACCCUCUCCCCCUCUAAUUCUCUUUCCCCAUAUAGAGAGAAUAAAGGAGAGAGAGAGGCGAAGGCAGGCAGCUAAUUUUCUUUUGUUCAAGGGAAAGGACAGCACGUGCCGGAGCUCAUAAGCUGGUAGCUGCAUCAGUUCCUGAGGUAACUGACAUAGAGAAAUAGAUAGAGAUGGUGAGGAGGAAGAUAGAUGUGUGCGCUGCUGGGGUGAUGUGUAUGUGUGCGUGCUUGUGUUGACAUCUGCGCACCCCGUUUUUUUCUUUGUUAAAUCACUUGAUGAAGAUGGGAUGAUGCCUGCCUUUUCCUUUCCUUAUUAAUAUAUUUUUUCUCUCUCUCUGAUACUGAUGCCUAUUCCACAUCUCUCUCAAGCUAUCUCCUCUCGAGCUGCUAGAUAUAGCUAGCUUAGUGUGUUCUUCCUUUUCCAUGCAUAUAUACAUGCUGGCAUGCUGCACCCUAGCUAGCUACACAUCUCCCUCUCCCCCCUGCAACCUUCACUCUUCAUGGAUCCAGUUUCACUUCUCACGCCACAUACUCCUCAAAUCAUUGCUUUGGCAAAACCACCUGCUUACGAUCUUGCAGUCAUCAUCACGCUAUUAGUUGAGGAUAAUUUCGCGCACAAGAGCACGACAAGCCGAGAUUUUUGGGGGCGUCGGCGUCGACCUGUAGGCGAUGGCGGCGUACUACCACGGUGGCGCCGGCACGGACAUCCAGGCCAGCACCGACGGCCUGCAGACGCUGUACCUCAUGAACCCGAGCUACGCCGGCGGCUACGCUGACGACGGCGGCGCGUCCACGCCGGGGGCGGCCAACAUGAUGCUCCUCAACUCGGCCGUGACCACCAUGACGCCGGCGUCCUUCGCGCACCACCACCAGCAGCAGUCGCCGCCGGCCGCGCAGCAGCACUUCGUCGGCAUCCCGCUCCAGGUCCAGGCGCCGCCGCCGUCGGGCUACAACCUGUGGACCCCGGCCAUGGCUGGCGGCGCCGCGGACAUGUCGCCGCAGGCGCAGGCGCAGACUCCCGGCGCCGCGGGUGCUGCUGGGGUCAGCGCCGUGCUCAGCCUGUCGUCCCGCGAGGCGCCGCCGGUCACCGUGGCCGCGGUGGCCGCCUGCACCGACGAGGGCAAGUACCUGGGCGUGUCGGCCACGCCGCAGGGGCAGAUGGUCAUGAGCUCCAAGUACCUCAAGGCCGCGCAGGAGCUGCUCGACGAGGUGGUCAGCGUCAGCAAGGGCGUCGAGGACGCUAAGACGGCCGCUGCCGCCGCGACCAAGAGCCUGGCCGCGGUGAAGAAGAAGGAGGACUCGGAGGGCGCGUCAGGUGGCGGCACCGACGACGGUGCCGGCGCAAAGAGCGGCGGUGGUGCCGCGCCAGAGAUGUCCACGGCGGAGCGGCAGGAGAUGCAGAUGAAGAAGAGCAAGCUUCUCAACAUGCUUGACGAGGUGGAGCAGCGGUACCGGCAGUACCACGGGCAGAUGCAGGCGGUGUCGUCGUCGUUCGAGGCGGCGGCGGGGGCCGGGUCGGCGCGGACGUACACGGCGCUGGCGCUGCGCACCAUCUCGCGGCAGUUCCGGUGUCUGCGGGACGCGAUCGCGUCGCAGGUGCGCGCGGCGAGCCGGGCGCUGGGCGAGGACGCGGACGCCGCCGUCGCCGGGGGCCGCACCGUGGGGUCCCGCCUCCGCUACAUCGACCACCAGCUCCGGCAGCAGCGCGCGCUGCAGCAGCUCGGCAUGAUGCAGGGCGGCGCCUGGCGGCCCCAGCGCGGCCUCCCCGAGCGCUCCGUCUCCAUCCUCCGCGCCUGGCUCUUCGAGCACUUCCUGCACCCAUACCCCAAGGAUUCGGACAAGAUCAUGCUCGCCAAGCAAACCGGGCUCACCAGGAGUCAGGUGUCCAAUUGGUUCAUCAAUGCGAGGGUGCGGCUGUGGAAGCCUAUGGUGGAGGAGAUGUACCUGGAGGAGACAAAGGACCAGGACGCUGGAGGCGGCGGCAACGACGAGGGCAAGUCCGGUGGCGGCGGCAGCAAGAGCAGCGACACCGUCGACGGCGUCAUGCCGAGGGCGGACGUGAUGUCCAAGUCCGCGGUGCGCGUGGGAGGCGGCGGGGCGGGGGCGGAGAGCGCGUCCACCAACAAGGGCAUCCAUGGCUCCUCCCUGCUCGAGCUCGGCGGCGGCGAUCACCAGCAGUCCCACGCGGGGUUCUACGACGACGAUGAAGACGACGGCGACGACGUGAUGGGGCGGAGGCUCAAGAAGGCGCGCGGCAACGAGCCGGCGCCGGCGUUCCACCACGUGCACGACAUAGCCACGCUGCACGCGCAGGCCGCGGCGGCCGCGAGGCAGCAGCACGAGGAGGUCAGCCACCGGGAGCUCCUCAUGAAGUUCAUGGAGAGCGGCGGCGGUGGCGGCGUGAGGGACCACCACCAGGACGGCGGCGGGUACUCGCUGUUCGCGCCGGGGCCGUACGGGCAGUUCACCACGGAGCCCUUCGCGUUCGCUGGGAACGGCGGGGUGUCGCUGACGCUCGGCCUCCCGCACGGCGCCGGAGGCAGCGCCGAGCAGACCGCGUCGUUCCUCAUGGGCAGCACCACGGCCGGCGACAGCGGCAGCCACGGCGCCGCCACCAGCUACGACAUGAACAUGCAGAGCACCAAGUCGUUCGCGGCGCAGCUCAUGAGGGACUUCGUGGCCUAGCUCCCUUAGGACGCAUAGCAUAGCAGUCGUCCACGCAAUUAAUCAAAUCAUCUCUCCAUCGAUCAAUUAAUUUAGAGCUUGUAUAGAAAUAAAGGGUUCAAGCCUAAAUAUGCUUUGCGUAUAUAAAGCAGUUAAGCUUGGACUCAUAGGUCUUGCUGGGAAUGUAAAGAUGGGAUAUAUAUCAUGGGGCCAUGUAUAUAUAGGUAUAGGAGGAUAGGUAACUAGUUGAUACCCAAACAUUGUACAAGAUUUUAUAUGUAGAUCAUAGGGAUUGGGGGGUAUACAGUAAAGUAUGCGAAAAGGGUAUAUUGGAACUGGACUUAGUGUAUGCUGUAGAAAUUGGCCUACUAGUAUUAUCUGCAGCAAUUCAGUAUUUGUUUUGCUUACUGUAAACAUAGCACAUUGUGAUUCAUUGGCAGCACCAUGUGCUGUUAGAUGACAUUGUGGAUAAUGCUGCUCCAGUGAGAUGUU